UAUUUUCAUUAAACUCUCUGUGUGUUUGUGUGUUUUGUGCCGCUAAUUGUAAAUCAAUUUUGUUUUUUCAUUUGGUAAAUCAUGUCAUCAAAUAAUACACAAAUGAAAAAUUUUUAUCUUCGUUAUUAUGUUGGACAUAAAGGUAAAUUUGGUCAUGAAUUUUUGGAAUUUGAAUUACGUCCGGAUGGUAAAUUACGUUAUGCAAAUAAUUCAAAUUAUAAAAAUGAUACGAUGAUUCGUAAAGAAGCUUAUAUAUCACGUGCUGUUAUGGAUGAACUUCGUCGUAUAAUCGAAGAUUCCGAAAUAAUGAGUGAAGAUGAUGCUGUUUGGCCAAUGCCAGAUCGUGUUGGACGACAAGAACUGGAAAUUGUUAAUGGUGAUGAACAUAUUAGUUUUACUACCAGUAAAAUUGGUUCAUUAGCCGAUGUACAGGAAAGUCGUGAUCCAGAAGGUCUUCGUUGUUUUUAUUAUCUUGUUCAAGAUCUUAAAUGUUUGGUUUUUUCACUUAUUGGUCUACAUUUCAAAAUUAAGCCAAUCUAAGAAAAAACAACAACAAUUUCCAUUCGAUCAUUUAAAAUUUUCAAAUUCAUAAUUUAAAAAACAAUUAUUCUUUUUUUUCAAAUCAAUUUGUAAUGCUUAAUUCCAUUUGUAAUAAUUAUUAUCAUGAUUUUUUUUUCAUUUUAUUUUAAUCCUGUUUAUGAAAACAACAAAAUAAAAAUAUGAAUUCGGA